GACAUGCGCAUGGAUGCUUCUUCUUUGACCAAAAGAAAAUACUAUUAUGCUCUCUUUGAAUGGAAUGUCUGGGGUCGUUGUACUUGCUUCGGUCAUGCCGUUCGCUGCAAGCCUAAAUCCAAAGCAGAGGUGAUCAAACCGGAAAAGGUUUACGGUGUUUGUGAAUGCACUCACAAUACCGCCGGUGAGAAUUGUGAAACGUGUGCCGAUUUCUACUGGAAUAAACCGUGGAGACCAGCCACACGGGAUUCUGCAAAUGCUUGUGAAAGGUGCAACUGCAACAAUCAUGCAAGUGCCUGCUACUUCAAUCCCGUGUUGUACAUUAAAUCUGGGAACGUUUCCGGAGGAAAUUGUCACGGUUGUGAGCAUAACACCGAGGGACCAAAUUGUGAAUUUUGUCAGCCAAAUUUCUAUCGUCAUCCAAGUUAUCCGAUUGACCAUCCGAGCACGUGUCAACCUUGCAACUGUCAUACAGAUGGAACACUCUAUGGUGGAUUCUGUCAACAGUACACUAUUCCGGAACAAAACCUGGUCGCCGGACGAUGUUUGUGCAAAAAGAAUGUGGGUGGAGAGAAAUGUGAUAGAUGCAAAGUUGGUCAUUGGAAUUUCCAAGCUAACAAUCCAGAAGGAUGUGAACCCUGCUCGUGCAACAUGAUGGGUACGUUGGACAACGGCGGUUGUGAUCCGUAUACCGGUCUGUGCACAUGCAAACGAUUUGUUGGAGGACCAAAUUGCGAUCAGUGUCUCGAGGGAUAUUUCAAUCUGACCCUGGCACCACUUGGCUGCCAGGAGUGUGCCUGUAGUCAGCUUGGUUCGAAGAAUGCAAUCUGUGAUCGAAUCAGUGGACAGUGUGAAUGCAAAGUCGGUUUCACAGGACGUGAUUGCGGUCAAGUGGAAGACGGGUAUUUUGUGCGACCACCGCAUGAAGUGAUCGACCGACCGGAGGAAAAAGAAAUCACUUUUGAUGGACCUCGUGGCGAGGGACGAUUUGUGAUUGUACUAGAUGUGGAUCCUAAGCAGUUCGGAGAAGGUGACAAGUGGACCAUAAUAGUCAAGCCAUACCAACAUGGUGCAACAAGAUGUCAGAAUCCAUCUCAGACAGUAAACGUCUACCAAGAUACAAGUAAAAUAAUUAUUUCGGACGUUUGUUUGGAAGCGGGAUUGCCAAUCAUUCUGCGCAUUAUGCCGGAAUCACAACCCAGUGGACCAUACACGGAAAUACUGAUCACGGAUAUCGUGCUGGUACCAACAGAUGACAGCGGUUUAGCCCGUCGUUGUGAAAUCUUCCGGGAACUGGCCAUGGAAAUUUUGUCCGGUCGCCGAGACGAUCGAGGUGGACUGCCACCGGAAUGCGAAGUGUACUUCCGGUUACCACGAGUUAGCUGGCGUGAAACUGGAUCUUCGGCUGAGCCGUGUCUGUGCAACAUUACCGGUUCCUAUACUGAUGUGUGUGACAAGGCUACCGGUCAGUGUACAUGCAAACCGGGUGUGGUUGGAAGACGAUGUGAUCGGUGCGCACCGUAUCAUUACGAUUUCAGUGCGAACGGAUGUAAAAACUGUAGCUGUGAUCCUCAAGGGUCAGUAAGUCUUCAGUGCAAUCUGGCCACCAGUUUGUGCGACUGUCGUCCCGGUAUAAUGGGCAAGCAUUGUGAUAUGUGCAAACCUGGCACGUGGGAUUUCCCCGUCUGUCGUCCAUGUAUCUGUAAUGGAUUUAGUGAUAUCUGCGAUCAGAAAACCGGUACCUGUGAAGGAUGCUCGCAAAAUACCGGUGGACAUAAUUGUGAAAAAUGCCGUGAGGGUUUCUAUGGUGACCCACUGCGUGGAACCCCGUGUAAACCGUGCUCAUGUCCUGGUGGUGGAGUUAAUCAUGCCACGGAAUGUCGAAUGGGUUCUUUGCAGGAACAAAUCUGUUAUUGUAAACCUGGUUAUACGGGUGCUCGGUGUAGUGAGUGUGCCAUAAACCAUUACGGCAAUCCCACGGAACUUGGCGGUGCCUGUCGACCGUGCCAGUGUUCUGGGAAUAUCGCGCCAAACGAACCGGGCGGUUGUGAUCCCGUCACCGGUAGAUGUCUGAAGUGUUUGCACAACUCUGAGGGUUACAAUUGUGAAAUAUGCAAACUCGGAUUCUGGGGUGACGCAACUCGGCAGAUGUGUCAACCAUGCAACUGUUUUCCACCGGGCACAGUGGACGAAGGUAAAAUGGGUUGCAAUCGAGAGAACGGACAAUGCCCGUGUUUACCAAAUGUGAUUGGCGCCAGGUGCUAUGAGUGUACACCGGGGUUCUUCAAUUUGACAUCCGGUCGAGGCUGUGAACCGUGCCAAUGUGAUCCGACCGGGUCAAUCGACCAACUUUGCGAUCCGGUAAACCGAGACACGUUUUUGGUGUACAGUUUUAUGACCGAACAGGGCUAUAUCGGCGGACAGUGUCGUUGCAAACCGGAUCGGAGUGGUCGCAAAUGUGAUCAGUGUCGCCGACUAUUUUAUGGUGAUCCCAAUCACCCAGAUGGUUGUAAACCCUGUGAUUGUGAUCGACGCGGUUCCGUCGGAGAUGCCUGUGAUCCGAAAUCCGGACAGUGUACUUGUCGAAUGGGUAUUGCUGGAAGACGUUGCGAUCGAUGCGAUCGUGGAACACAAGGCAUCCUACCCGACUGCCGACCCUGUGGUGAAUGCUGGACUGAUUGGGACGAGGCCAUAGACAAUGUGGUCGCUGAACUGGAUCGACUGCAAAAUCAAACAGGAAGACAAUUGCCACCGGAUUUAAAGGUUCUGUUCGACAGUCUGGUGCGUCUCUUAGAACAGAUCGAAAAUGUGCCUUGGAUGAAAGCAGACGAUGCCAAAAUGCAAGAACUGGGGCAAACAUUGACCCGGACGGAAAAUGUAAUCAAACUGCUCAGCGCUUUGGAUGCCUCACCGGAGAGCCUAACAGCACUGAAUGAUGCUCUUCCACAACACCUGAACGAUGAACUCUCACGUUUUGAACAAGUAUCGAUUUUGAAGCAAAAACUGAAAGACCUGAAUGUGCGACUGAGCGAUAUGAUUGAAGAGGCGAGUGAGCUACAACGACAAAAUCCCCUUGGGGCUAAUAUUGCGGUACAGAAGGCACUGGAGAGUGCCCAGUUGGUGAAGGAAACACAACGAGGAAUUGAUGCGCAGAAGAAUCUUUUGGAAAGCCGAGGUCAAAAGUUAGACGCUGAAAUGAAUGCGGUACAGACGCGAGGCACCGCUUUGGUUGAAUCAUGGGCUCAACUGGAUAGGCGUAUUGGAGAAUUUCGUGAUGAAAUUCGUCAGAUCAAUCGUCAGCUCUGCGGAGACAAUGGAAUUCGACCAGGAAAUGACGCGGAUCCGAAAUUGUGCCCAUCCAAUUGCGGUGGAGCAGCUUGUGACCCAGUUACUCGAUGGAUUGGUCUAAAAGUAUUCCCGUUACAGCAACAGCAACAAGUAUUGGUUCGGCGCACUCGGUUCAUUCGAGACCUCAGCAAUGAGAUGAGUUCCGAUCCGGACUAUUGGACCGGGUUAUUGGGUGGAUGCGGAAUCAAUGCGGGUUGUGAGGGAAGUGUUGGGGGCCGAUUACGUAAUCUGAUGGAACAGUACUUGGAUCUACAAAUUCAGUUGGUGGAUGCAGUACAGGCCGUAUACCGUGCCGAAAAUCUAAUUUUAAAGGUUCAUGCAGAUCGUAAGGAAGCGGAAGAACGUGUGGCCAGUGUUACCCAAGAGGCGAAUAAUUUGAAAGAUCGCCUGACCACCAUGUACAAUGUAACCGAAAGCCUUAUCCAAAACGCAGAAAAUUUCUCCACGGAAUACGGUAACCUCACAAAGGAGUUGUUUGACGAGCUCGUCGACAAAGUUAAAGAAUCUAAACUGAAUGUCACUCUAAAUGACGCCAGGAAAUUAGUAUUUGAGUUGGAUCAGCGUGCAAAGCAGUUGGAGACACGUGUGCAGGAAAUUCUCACAGAGACCGAGACCGACAGAAGAAUUUCGAAAAAGUUGUUGGAACAAGCGGAGAUGGUGAGGGACAGCGCGAAUGAUUUCAUGCAACAGAUCAACCAGCUCAAGGAAGCGGAUUCCAUCUACGAGCAAUUGUCCCAACACCCGGUCAUUUCCAAAGCCGAGGAUUCGGUGAUUUCCAAUCAGGUUACACAGCUGAGUGAAAGUGUCAGUGGACUGGAUGCAGAAAAGGGAAUAUUUGCAAGAGAAUCCAGUGCACAGGCCGACCUAGCACGCGAAGCAUCUGAAAAAGCGGUAAAAUUGUUGGCCAACGCGAACAUGGCUCGUAAAGACAGUGCGGACACAUUGCGCGAGUUGGAAAAUAUGGAGAUAUCAUUUAAACAACUAGAGGAGAAAAUGGUCGAGCUGGAUCGGUUGAUGAACAAACUGGAUACGGGUGACAAGAAACCUGAUGAGGGAGCAGAGGAGGAGGAUUCGAGUCCGACAUUGGCAGAUCCAACUAAGCUGAUGCAAGAAGUGCAGAAUUACACUGCAUCGAAGGAACAGAUCAAUCAAUUGGCCCGUCGACCCACUCGAGCUGGAGAUCAUCGGGAUUAA